CAUAAAAAAUCAUUAAUUAUGUUAUAAUUAGACCAGUGAUCAGUGAGGGGUAAAUGAGUUACCAUGGCAACCGGCUCCCAGUGAUGGUUUAUUGUGGAUAAAAAAAUCACAUUGGAUUGUUCUAGAAACACAGUUGUUAAACUGUUUGCUAGCAAUCUGCUGUUAUUACUGGUGUUGUUAUGAUGUAAUUAUUAUUUCUAGGAGUGUAAACACUUUGUGGAAACAUAAACAAAAUAAAUGUAAGAAAAAUGACGACCUUCAUUCCUUUGAUGUUUAUCUGAAAACUUUGUCUUUAAUUCCAUUUAAAGUGACACAGAAAAGGUUUAACACGUGUUCAGUUUAACUUGAGGAUCGAUGCAGACAACCUACAACACUAACAAAAUGAAGUUACACUAAAACAUUUCUCUUAAAAUCUUUGUGCUAAAAUUAAUGGCACCCCUAAUGAAAAUUGUUGGAGGUGAUCAGUCUGGUGGUCUUUUGGGAUAAAAAACAUAAAUUUCUCUCAGUUUCUGUGUUUCUUGUGUUCUUUGAUCAUCGCUGACUGACGAUUGUGAACAAAUAAAAGUCAGCUAAUGAACAUAAAAUAACAUUAAACACAAUCAGUGUCUUUAAAAAUAGAUGUAAAUGUCUGGACCAGUGGAUUAUGAUGCAUAAGAACAUGACUUCAUUGUGAUAUUGUGUGACGUCACCACAGCAGAAAUGAGACCAAACAUCUUGAUUCUCAUGGAGAUGAUUUUUUUUCUCUCUCCUGUAAGGUUCAGUUUAGUGUUUAAUGAUUGUGUUCUUCAGCUGGCUGCAUUCAAACUCAGUGUGUUACUGAAUACAAUAUCAGUUUAAAUCAACCUCAAUCAGCUCAGUGUGUACUGUUAGUAAUAUUACACACACACACACACACACACACACACACACACAGUGAUCUGAACAGAGAAACACUUCAUGUUUAUUUAACACUUUAUUUACAUACAUUAUUGAGUCAUGUAUAAAACCUUCACACUGUUUUAUUCACUUCCUCAGAGAGACAGAAAAUGGACAGAAGAUGAGAGAAAGAAAAUGGAGAAAUCUGUUCUACUGACUGAAUAUAAUUUUGAUAAAUUGAAAGAGACGAUCAGACACUUGGAAGAAACUGAAAACGAGCUGAAAACAAUAAAACAGGAACUGGACAGAACAACUGAGGAGCUACAGAAGAGAGAAAGAGCUCUACAGGAGAGAGAUCAACAACUGAAAGUGAAAGACACACAGAUACAGACGACACAAAUACAAGUGGAAGAAAUGGAGAAAACAUUUGUGAAGAAGGAUGAAGAAUUAAAUAAGAAAAAUGAAGAGCUGAAGGUUCUCAAAGAAAGUUUAGAGACUAAUAAGAAGACUCUUUCUGAGAGAGAUGCAGUGUUAAUGGAAACAAAUAAAACACUUAAAAAUGUCACUGAACAGAUGAUGGAAAGAGACAAAGAGCUUCAGGAGAAAGACAAACUUCUGACAGAAAAUACACAAACACUUCAGGAGAAGGACAAGACACUGGAAGAGAAGGAGAAACAGCUCAAACAGACAAGAGCUGAACUGGACAAAACAAUGAAGGUGUUAGAAGACAGUCAGCGACACGUGGAGGAGAAAAACACACAACUAGAGAAUCUGAACAAACUGCUGAAGGAGAAAGAAACACAGCUGAAGAACACAGAUAAAGAGCUGGAAACCAGUACAAAUAAACUGGACACACUGGGACAGGAGCUGCAGGACAAAGAGAGACAACUGGUGAGUGUGGUGGAAGAAGUGAAAACUAGUAAAAAUAAACUCACAGAAAGAGAUGAACAACUUCAGGAGAAAGACAAACUUCUGACAGAAAAUACACAAACACUUCAGAAGAAGGACAAGACACUGGAAGAGAAGGAGAAACAGCUCAGUGAAGUAAGAGAAGAAUUGAGAAAAUCAAAUAUAACGAUAGAAAAGAAUCAGACACAAUUGAAGGACAAAGAAAGACAACUGGAGGAUGUGUUGAAAGAACUGGAAACCAGUACAAAUAAACUGGACACACUGGGACAGGAGCUGCAGGACAAAGAGAGACAACUUCAGGACACGAUGAUCGUAGUGGAACAACAGAAAUAUGAGUUAGCAGAAAAAAACCAACAGCUUGAAGAGAAAGACAGACUUCUAACUGAGAGAGAGACACAGCUAAUGGGAAGAGACAAAGAGCUUCAGGAGAAAGACAAACUUCUAGAGGAGAAAACAAAGCAGCUGCAGGAACAGACAGAUCCAGAAUCAUCAGCCUCCAUCAGGAGAAGAAACAGCAAGGAACUUUUACCUCCAAAAAUGAGUGAAGAGACUCAGGACUCAGCAGCACCAAUCAGGAGAAGAAACAGUAUGGAUGGAAAUCGUCCAACAUUGGGUGGAGAAUCGUCUAGUCCACAUCCUCCAGCAUCGGUUCCUGUAGCAGAACUGAGGCUGGUGCUGCUGGGGAGGACGGGGUCUGGGAAGAGUGUAACAGGAAACAUCAUCCUGGGCAGAGAGGAGAGGAACCAGGCUGCUACGUCUACAGCUACAUCUACAGCCACCCAGCAGAGUGAGAGCACACAGGGGGAGGUGGCUGGGAGGAAGGUGACUGUGGUGGACACGCCUGACUGGUUCUCUCCUGAACUGUCUCUGGAGAAGCUGAGACAGGACGUGGGACACUGUGUCCGUCUGUCUGCUCCAGGACCCCACGCCUUCCUCCUGGUCAUACCUCUAAAGCAGCCUACAGGAGAGGAGAGAGGGAUGCUGGAGAAAAUGGAGGAGAUCUUUGGAGAGAGAUGUUGGAGAAACACAAUGAUCAUAUUCAGUGUUACUGAUGAAUGUGAGAAGAAGAACAUUGAGGACUUUAUCCAAUCAGGAGACCAGGAGGUCCAGAGACUUGUAGAGAAAUGUGGGAACAGGUUUCACUGUCUCAACAUUAAUGAGAGUGGAGAUGGUUCUCAGGUCUCAGAGCUGUUGGAGAAGAUAGAGAAGAUGGUGGAAGGAAGCAGAGAGAAAUUCUACAGCAGUGACAUCUACCUGGAGACAGAAUCUCAGAUCAGAGCAAUGGAAGCAACGAUUCUGAAGGAAAGAGAAGAGAAAAGAGAGAGAGAGGAGAAGGACAUGAAAGAAAAAAUAGAGAAGGAGGUGCAGGAUUCUCUGAGAAAGAUAGAGGGAGUGAUCGAGGAGCAUGAAGGAGACAUCAGACAACUUAAUGAUCGAACAACUGAACUGGAGAGAAAGAUGAAAGAAGAGAGGGAUGAAGAGAAAAAGAAAGAACUCGAGAGGGAGCUGAAACGAGAGGUAGACAAAAGAACAGAAAUGGAAGGAAAGGUGAAGAAACUAAAAGAAAAGAGAGAGAGGGAGAGAAAAGAGAUGGAGGAAAGGCACAAGCAGGAGAUGGAGGAGAUCAGGGAGGUGUAUGAAGGAGAGAUCAGAAUGGAGGCAGAGAGAAAGCUCAUGAAGAUCAUCCUGCCUGAACUCCAGAGAAACAUGUUGUCCUCAAAAACAAAGAUGCAGGAAGAUUUCAGCAGACAGAUGGAGGAGAAGAACAGAGAGAUGGAGAAUCUUCAACAGAAACUUUCACAGCUCACAGAACAUCUCAGACUCAGGGAAGAAGUCUACAGGACAACAGUGAUGAGUGUAACAUAUCAGAACCAGCAGCAGGUUUAAGACGAGUUUACGCUGCAUUUAUGACUUUGAGCUCUAUUUUGCUGCUGCAGUGAAAAAUCACACAUCGUCACAUAAUUCUUUUAUUGUGACUUGAGAUCAGCGCUCUUAUAUUUUAUAACUUAACAAUCAACCAGAGAACUUUAUUAAGACUUUUGUGUAAAAUUUGUGUAACAAAUUUGUUAGUUUUCCCAAAUAUCACCUGGUGCAGCUGACUGUAACAGACUAUUUUGAGGCUUUAAUAUUGUAAAUAAUUCAAUGGGGGGAAAAUAAAUCAUCAUGAAGCAACAUAUCUGUGAUCCUUACAAAUAUCUAGCAGGUUUGUCAGACUUUAUAAACUUUGUAAAACUCAAAACAUUUUUAUAAUAUUGCCAUGUUGUUGCCAUAUAUGGCUUUAAUGUUAUAUAUCUCAAUGAGAUUGUUAUUUUGUUUACAUUUUGUACAAUUUUAUUAGAAAAAUGAAUUUUUAAAAAUAUUUAUCAAUGAUGUAUAUAUUUGUACAUUUAAUUGUGUAUAAACUGUAUGAAUAAAUGUGAACAUGUA